AAGGGACCCACGUGGCUUGGGUACACGAGUUUCAGAGCUAAGCCGGGUCAUUAUUGUUCCUGUUUAUAUUGCUCGUUAAAGAGUUAAAGUAUAAUUGACUAUGGGGGAUAAGUGCGUCAUUUUGGUGACUGGUGGAACUGGUUUGGUAGGCCAGGCGAUCAAAACCAUCGCUGAGGGCGAGGAAAAAAGGCCUAACGAAGAGUGGUACUUCGCCAGCUCAAAGGAUGGGGAUCUCUCAGAUCGUGCUGCUACAGAGAAGCUGUUUGAGAGAGUAAAGCCAACACAUGUAAUUCAUUUGGCUGCCAUGGUUGGAGGGUUGUUCCGUAAUCUCAAGUAUAAUCUGGACUUCUAUAGGAUUAACACCUUAAUUAAUGACAAUGUCCUGAACACGAGCUUCAAAACCGGUGUCAAGAAAGUAGUUUCCUGCCUGUCUACUUGUAUAUUUCCUGACAAAACCACGUAUCCUAUAGAUGAAACAAUGGUCCAUAAUGGUCCUCCCCAUGAUUCUAACUUUGGAUAUUCUUACUCCAAGAGAAUGAUAGAUGUCCAAAAUAGAGCCUACAACAAGCAACAUGGCUGUCAAUUUACUUCGGUUGUACCUACAAAUGUUUUCGGAGCGCAUGACAACUUUAAUCUGGAGGACGGGCACGUGCUGCCUGGACUCAUCAAUAAGAUCUACUGUGCUAAAAGGGACAACACUCCAUUCACGGUCUGGGGGACAGGAUCUCCCCGUCGACAGUUUAUCUACUCCCUUGACCUUGCCCGUUUGAUGAUCUGGGUGUUGAGGGAAUACCCCGAAAUCGAUCCAAUCAUCCUCUCUGUGGGAGAGGAGGACGAGGUCAGUAUUAAGGAAGCGGCCGAGGCGGUUAUCGAGGCCAUGGAGUUCAAGGGAGAGGUCAAGUAUGACACCACCAAGUCUGAUGGUCAGUUCAAAAAGACUGCCAGUAAUGCCAAACUACGAAAGUACCGACCAGACUUCAAAUUCACACCAUUCAAACAAGCUGUGAAAGAAUCAUGUGACUGGUUUGCAGCCAAUUAUGAAACAGCGAGAAAGUGAGAGAAUCUCCUGCAUCUGUAUCGUCAGUUCCGAGGUUGAAAAUCAACGACUCGAGAUGAACAAACAUACUAUUUAUUGGGCCUAACAUUUGGAGAGCACAAGAGGGCAUAUAAUCAUUGGUUUACUUAUGUGUACUGUAUCUAGUGUGGCUGUUUCUCUGUUUCUCAUGUAUACAUUGUCAUAUGCUGUGAGAUUAAUUUCUGUGAGAUGAUCUUAUAUGAGAAGUUCAUUCUGGGGGAGAAUUAUUGAUCACAUGAGAAUAUUUUUUUU